UGAAUUAGCCCUGAUUUCUGUAUUAAAACUUUCUAAACAGCAAACUGAGCUACUAAUUUUGUAAAAACUUAUUUUUAACAUUAAAAUAAAUUAAUAAAAUCCCUAAAAAUGGCUAAAAUGGCAUUUCAGCAUCAGGCCGGCACGGCCAUGGAGUGUUUGAGUAUUCCUAUAACACUGCACAAGGAAAAGGAUUAUGAUCAGGAGGGGAGAGAGAUCUUAAAAUGUGGUUUUAAGAUUGGUGGUGGCAUUGAUCAGGAUUAUAAGAAAAGUCCACAGGGAUAUACAGAUUAUGGUAUUUAUGUUACUGAGGUACAUGAUGGUAGUCCCGCUGCUCGUGCUGGUUUACGCAUACACGAUAAGAUUUUACAAUGUAAUGGCUAUGAUUUCACCAUGGUCACUCAUAAAAAGGCUGUCAGUUAUAUACGAAAGCAUCCGGUAUUGAAUAUGUUGGUGGCACGUAAGGGUGUAACCUCCACAUAAGUGAUUUUUUUUACCUUAAGUGUAGCGCCAGUUGAAUUUUACUCAAAAACCUCUUGUCUAUUAAAUACAAAUUAAGCAAUUGUUAUCGUCUGCAUAAUCAUUAUACAUCAACAUAUAUUACUCUACACGAAGCUCUCUUCAUCUUUAACCACCUAAACUCGGCAACUUUAUUGUAUUUCUAACAGGUGUGGAUGGACUCAAUGGAAAAAAACUUUUAGGCAAUGAAAAUCCUCUUUUAUUAAUAUUUAAGGUUUUGGGUCCAUUCUACACUAUGCUUAAAUUAGACAUACAAAUAACUAUUACAAUGUAUUAAUAAUGGAUGUUUAGUAUAAUUUAAGCAACUUUAAAGAUCUCUCUUUUUUCUACUUAAUCUAAUAAUGAUAAUUAUUUUAUUAACUUAUUUAACUAUUUUUUUUCUAAUUUCUCAAUUGUCGUUGCAAGCCAAUAGAAAUAUUUAAUCCGUGGCCAAAUUAAUGCUAUAAGUCUAUGCUUAUAAAGAAUUUAAUAAUAAAUUAAAGAAACAAUAUGAAUUAAUUAAACGUACAUUAGAAAAACUAACAUGCAUUUAUAUUUAAAACAAAAUCACCACAAAACCUUUAUACUGUUUAUAUAUGCACCACAACUUGUAGUACAGAGCAGCAAUUCAUUCAUACUUAUUUAUACAGUUAUUUUUGUUUUUAUUUAAAUUUCUAAUUCAUUUAUACAAAAACAUAGAUGUUUUUAUUAAAAUAUCUAAAGAAAAAUAGUAUUUAAUGUGAUAGAAAAGCAGCUAACAAAAAAAAAAUUAAAUGUGUUUAUUUUAAGCAUAGUAAACAAUUUUGUAAAAAACUACAUUCUAAUUUCUACUUUACUCAUUUAUUAACAUUUAUUAUUUUUAAGAAGAUAUAUUUUUUAUUUGUUAACAAUAAUAAUUUGUAUUUUUUAUUAUUUAAUAAAAGAAAACCAAACGUUUCUUAUAUUGCAAUA